CCCAUUCCCAGUCCAAACCAGUACAAACCAGUUCCCCCCCAGUUUGGCGCUGCUGGCGGCCGUCUCGGAGCUGCUGGGGGAGGGGACGGCGCCGCUGCUGCCCCGGCUGCUCCCAGUCCUGCAGGGGGCGCUGCGGCCCCCGCCGCCCCCAUCGGACGCUCCUGAUUGGCUGCUCGGUCUCCAUGACGACCAGGAGGGGGCGGAGCCUAUGGAGGAUGAUGUCACCGCAGAGUGGGCAGAGCCUCAGGAGGUGGAAGUGGGCGGAGCUUUCCCCGGAUUGGCCGAGGCGGCGCUGGGGGCGCUGGGGGAGCUGGCGGAGAACUGCGGCUCCGCCUUCCUGCCCUACCUGGAGCCCUCCCUGGCCGCCAUCUUGGAUCUGACCCAGUUCCCCCAGUUCCGGGUCAGAGGCGCCGCCUACGAGGCCCUGGGGAGCCUCUGCUGCUGCGGGAGGGACGCCCAAACUGGCCCCUCCCCCUCCCACCACGGGGCUCUCAGGGCCCUCCUGGGCGGGCUCAGGACGGACCCGGAAGUGGGCGGGGCCUUGGCGGCGGUGGGCGGGGUCGGGCGGAUCCUGCAGCCCCCAGGCCACGCCCACAAGGAGUGGCUGGAGCCCAUUGGACGAGCCCUGUGCGACGUCAUCGCCGGCGAGAUCGCCUGCCUGAGGUGCCGCGGGGACGACGAGGAGGAAGAGGAGGAGACCUCCCAGCACUCCGAGCUCCGCGAGACCGCCUCCGAUUGGCUGCCGGAAGUGGGCGUGGCCAUGGCCCGGGAAGGCGUGGCCGGCACCGGAGGGGGCGUGGCCUUCCCGCCCCGCCUCUUCCGCCGCAUCCUCCCCUCCCUAUUGGCCGCCCUGGCCGACCCCGGCCAGCCGGGGGCGCGGUCCUGGGCGGCGGCCGUGAUUGGCCAGCUGGGCCACGCCCUCGGCCGGGAGGCCACGCCCUUCCUGCCGGAUUUGGGCCCCGCGUUCCGAUUGGCUGUCGGGGACGCCGACGAUGAGGUCAGGGCCAACGCCUUCUACGCCAUUGGUCGGAUCGGGGAGGCCCUGGGACACGCCCACCAGGAGUAUCCACCAAUCAGAAGGAAGGGGGAGGGGUUUGGGGGGAUAAGCCAUGCCCACCACCUUUAAACCCCUCCCAUAUUUCCAUAAAUGGGCUUAAGCUCCUCCCACCCCCUUAAAUCCCUCCCAUUUUUCCAUAAAAGGAUUUAGGCUCCUCCCACCACCCUUAAGCCCCGCCCACUGCCUUUAAAACCCCACCCAUUUCCUUUAGAUCACACCCACAAUUCCAUAAAAGGACUCAAGCCACACCCAGCGCCUCUAAGCCCCUCCCACCAUGCUUAAACCCUGCCCACAUUGCCGUUAAUGCGCUGAAGCACUUUAAGCCCCACCCAUUUGGGCUUCAGCCACGCCCACAAUGCCAUAAAAGGGCUAAGGCUCCUCCCACUUGGCACAAGCCACGCCCAUCUCCUUAAAACCCCUCCUACCGCCGUUAAACCCCGCCCACAACUCAUUACAGGCUUUAAACCCCGCCCACAUUCCCACAAAAGCCUCCAAACUCCUCCCACCUA